AUGGCUGACGGUGUUUACAAUGUGAAGGAUUAUGGAGCAGCAGGAGAUGGCAAAACCGAUAACACAAAGGUGGUGGAAGAUUCAACGGACAAGGAGCUUCUGCAUGGCCUUACAACCAAUGCAAAAAGACAAAUGAUUGCAAACCCUUACCCAUGUUUCGUCACGAACGCAACCAUCAAAAGCAUUUCUUCUAUCGACAGCAAGUUCUUCCACAUUCAUGUCUUUGAAUCAAGAAACAUUAUCUUUGAUUCCAUCAAGAUCAGUGCUCCUCAAGAUAGCCCCAACACCGAUGGCAUUCACAUCGCCGACUCGACCAAUAUCCAGGUUGCCAAUUCAGUCAUCGGCACCGGUGAUGACUGCAUCUCCAUCGGCCCGGGCUGCACCAAUUUGACCAUCUUUAAGGUGUUAUGCGGCCCAGGCCAUGGCAUCAGCGUCGGUAGUCUCGGCAAAAAUGCUGGUGAGAAAGAUGUAAUCGGGCUGAACGUGAGUAACUGCAAUCUUACCGGCUUUCCCUCCGAGUCCUCUUUUCCCUCGUCAAAUGCCUUCUCUGGUUUUUUUGUUGGUGUCUCGUCUGGGACAGUGGAUUCGGUAGUCCCCUCUAUAGGCAUCGCCACAUCAGGAGCUUUUGCUUCUUCAGGCAGCUCAACUGUCUUUAACCAUUUCUUCUUCGACAAUUGUCUCGUUAGUCGACAGUACUAG